GGGGAGCGGGUGCGCGCUCGCGCUCCUGAGGCCCCGCCCUCAGCUGCGCGCGCCCCCACGGCGGCCGCGGGGCGGGGGACGCGGCCGAGGCCGGCCAUGGAGGCCGUGCGGAGGGUCCAUGAGGCCGCGCUCCGCCUGCUGCUGUUCCGGCCCUGGGCCUCGGGCGCCGCCUCCCGCCCGAAGCCCCGCGCCUCGGAGGUGCUGACGCUGCACCUGGUGCAGCGGCGCCUGCCGCACUGGACGUCCUUCUGUGUGCCCUACAGCGCUGUCCGCAACGACCAGUUCGGCCUCUCGCACUUCAACUGGCCCGUGCAGGGAGCCAACUACCACGUCUUGCGCACCGGCUGCUUCCCCUUCAUCAAGUACCACUGCUCCAAGGCCCCCUGGCAGGACCUGGCCCGGCAGGACCGGUUCUUCACGGCGCUCAAGAUCGUCAACCUGGGUGAGUGGCCCGGGUCGGUGAAGCACGUCCCGCCGGCGAUGGAUCACUGUUUGCAAAGCACGCUGACAAACGUUCUCGCUCAGAGGCCGAGACCCCGGGCUAAGGCAUUCCAACUUUAUUAUAUGGACUUGGCUCCUGGUUAUUUGCUAGAGUCACAGAGACUGUGCAUACCAGUUAUGGACCAAUAACAGUUUAUUUUCUAAAUAAAGAAGAUGAAGGUGCCCUGUAUUGAAAGUAUGCAUUGGAGAC